AUGGUUUUAUAUCUUUUAAGAAAUAGAUCCUUGUCAUCAUUGCCAAAUGUUUGUAUUCAGUAUUAUGUUGGAAUAUCCAGACAAUUUUCAUUUCAUAAAAAGCAGUACAUUAAAGAAAAUGUAUUCAAAAGCAAUCGUUAUGCAAAAUAUACGGCAUAUAUUACUAUUGCCACAUCUGUACUAAGCUUACAUUAUUACAUAUUUUAUAAAAUGGUCCAUAUUAUAAAUGCAAAAUCUAUUUCAUGUGGAGAGUUCAGAGCAGAUUUGAAGACAUAUAAUUUAGAAGAAAUAAACAAACAUGAUAAUAAAAAAGAUGGUAUAUGGGUAAUAUUUAAGCAAGGAGUAUAUGACAUAACAGAUUUUGUUGAUAAACAUCCAGGUGGUCCUUCAAAAAUAUUAAUGGCAGCUGGAAGUUCAAUUGAACCAUUUUGGGCAAUUUUUGCUAAUCAUAAUACUCAAGAAAUAUAUGAGCUUCUUGAAUCAAUGAGAAUUGGAAAUAUUUCUAAAGAAAAUGUAGUUUUUAAUACAAUUAAUGAGAAUGAUCCAUAUUCAAAAGAGCCUAUAAGACAUAAAGCUUUAAAGAUAAAUGGUCAAAAACCAUUUUGUGCUGAACCACCACCUUCUUUAUUAAUUGAAAGUUUUAUUACACCAACGGAAUUGUUUUAUGUAAGAAAUCAUCUUCCUGUUCCUGAAAUAGAUAUAAAAACUUAUAGUUUAGAAUUAAUAGUAGGGGAAGUAACAAGAAAGGAACUUAAAUUUGAAGACAUAAAAAAAUAUCCUAAAUAUACAAUAACAAGUGCUAUAAUGUGUGGAGGGAAUAGGAGAUCAGAAAUGGCAAAAGAGAAGCAAUUAAGAGGACUUAGUUGGGGUAUAGGUGCUGUUGGUAAUGCUAUAUGGACUGGUGCAAGGUUGUGUGAUAUAUUGAAAGAUUUAAAGAUUAAUGAAGAUGAUUAUAAUCAUGUUCAGUUUGAAGGAUAUGAUUUAGAUCCUUCGGGUACACCAUAUAGUGCAAGUAUACCUAUUCAUAAAGGUAUGGACUGUAGAGCAGAUGUAAUUCUGGCUUAUGAAAUGAAUGGACAAAUCAUACCAAGGGAUCAUGGUUUUCCUGUUAGAGUAAUUGUUCCUGGUGUUGUGGGUGCUAGGAAUGUAAAAUGGCUUGCUAAAAUAAUUGUCACAAAAGAAGAAAGUCAAUCACAAUGGCAGCAACGUGAUUAUAAAGCUUUUUCCCCUAGUACUGAUUGGGAUAAUGUAGAUUUUUCGACGGCACCUGCUAUACAAGAAAUGCCUGUAAUAUCUGCAAUAUGCAAACCAGAACCAUCAGAAACAAUUAAAGUGAUAAAUGGAAAAAUAAAUGUAAAAGGAUAUGCAUGGUCUGGUGGAGGUCGAAAAAUCAUUCGAGUUGAUGUAACAAAUGAUCAAGGUAAAACCUGGCAUACAGCUAAUUUAAAUGCUGAAGAUUAUAAUGCUAAGGAAGGUAAAUAUUGGAGUUGGACAUUAUGGAGUAUAGAUCUUCCCGUUAAAAAAGACUGUAAAGAAACAGAAAUUUGGGCAAAAGCUGUAGAUGCGUCAUACAACGUUCAACCGGAAAGUUUCAGAAAUAUUUGGAAUUUACGAGGUUUCCUUUGUAAUGCAUAUCAUAGAGUUAAAGUUAAAUUGGAACACUAGAGUUUAUAGUAACAGUUCAAUAUGGUCAAUUUUUUUUAUCACUAUUAGUAAGGAAGAUCAGAGAAAACGAUUCGCUUCG